GAAACGCAGCCACAUAACGCGCAUUGCAACUGAUCGCGCAAGAUUCCCCGAAAGAAAAAACGGCGACAAGGCCAAGAAAAACAAAAGUACACAACAAAUACUGAACAACAAUUCAAAUAAAAUCAACUGCAAUCAGCGUUCGAGAUGCCGACUCCCACAUUAAUGGGAUACAUCAAGCUAAUUGGGAUUUUCUUGUUGCUCACAGCGGAAUAUAAUCGAGAAGUGUUGGCUGAUGCACAAAUUGCGGAUCAUAUUCGAAAAUGCUGUUUGAGUGGCUUGAGACAAGCUCAUACAGCGCAUAGUUGCGAACAAUCCGAAACAUCUGUAUCGAAUAUUCCUCGACUUUGGUUGGGAUUAUGCACCUCCACCUAUGGCUUAUGCUGUUCAAGGGAAUUGGUCAAGAAGAAUUGCGAGCUGGGACGCUUGGCUGCAUUGGAGGGUUCAAAGUGCGUUGAUGAUUCGAAUACAACUUCGGUUACCUACACGGAUUGCUGUCGCGCCUGUCAAGUUGGUUUGGCUGUCAAGGCGAGUCAGCAAAAAUGCAAGGAUCCGCUUUUUUCGUUUCUCAUGAACAUCGACUCUUACCUUAUUUGCUGCUCGGAUAAUAGUUUCUCCAGCUCCGCUGAAAAUAUAAAUACAAAUACUGCCACAAAUAUUUAUUCUAAAAUUAAUACUAAUGUUAAUAAACUAGACCUGGAAGAUGUACCCCGAUCUGGUGAAAAUGAGGAUGAAGAUCUAGAAGAACAGAGCAUAGAAACUUCGGAUGGCGCAAUUGUGUUGAAACCUGAUGAUGAUAUCUGCAGUCAGAUUCCAAAUCUUUGUGCUCACAUUUGUGAAAAUACCCUGGAUGCCUACAAAUGCAGCUGCAAUCCUGGCUAUCAACUGGAUGAUAACAACAUAACUUGCUCCAAAGCGAUUGAUAACGACAUCUGUCCUGAUGGCUACUUUCUGGAUCCUGUGCCCAACAAAUGCAUUGACGUCGAUGAGUGCAAAGAGAAUUUACACGCUUGCAAAGCUACUCAGUAUUGUCACAAUGAAAUUGGCUCACAUCGUUGUCUCAACAAUAUUGCACAAAGUUGCUCCAAAGGAUACUUUUACAAUGAGAAACUGGAGGAGUGUGAAGAUGACGAUGAGUGCCUUCAAUCGCCUUGCGCCAAAGGCGAGGAAUGCGUAAAUUAUCCUGGAGGAUACGAAUGCAAUCAAUCCUGUGGCACUGGAUUUUAUUUGAAGGACGGCAGCUGUGUGGACAUCGAUGAGUGCAGCUAUAAUGCGACAAACACUUGUAUAGCGGACAUGCAUCAGGAGUGUAAGAACACCAUAGGCAGUUACUACUGUAACUGUCUGCCUGGCUACAGUCUGGAUGCCACACAAAACGAGUGCGUGGAUAUUAAUGAGUGCUCGAUUAACAAUCACAACUGCCUGCCAACUCAAAGAUGUGACAAUACAAUCGGUUCAUACAUCUGCACGCGCUGGACUUCUUGUGGCACGGGUUACACACUCAAUGCGGAGACUGGAAAUUGCGAUGAUGACGACGAAUGCGCUCUCUCCACGCACAAUUGUCCCUUGGAUUAUGAGUGUUACAACACCAAAGGUUCAUUCCGUUGCCAUCGCAAAACAACAACAACUACUACUACAACCACAACAACAACAACCACGCCCUCAACUACUACCACAACAACAACACCAUCGCCAGCGCCCUCAAGGGCCAAUGCCAGAGACCCUUAUUCACGCAGCUAUGGAACUUAUUCGGUUUCUCGUCAUCCUUGCACCGACGGUUUUCAUAGGAACUAUCUGGGUGCCUGUGUUGACAUCAAUGAGUGCACCGAGUACAAGCCGUGCAAUAGCAACGCGAGAUGCAUCAACACCAAUGGCUCCUAUCGUUGUGAGACCUACACACAAUGUCCUGCGGGCUAUAAGCCAACACCUGAUGGCACCUCCUGUAUGGAUAUCGAUGAAUGCGAGAGUGGCGAUCACAAUUGUGGCGAUAAGCAAAUUUGUCGCAAUCGUAAUGGCGGAUAUAUCUGUGCUUGCCCAACCGGACAUCAAGUUUCACGCCAGUCAGAUGGAUCCAACACUUGCGUGGACAUCAAUGAAUGCGAACAGAAUCAGGCUGUGUGCUCCUCGAAUGCACAGUGCUUCAACACAAUUGGAUCUUACUACUGCGAAUGCAAAUCGGGUUUCCAGAAGAAGCCUGCCCACGAAGUGGGAGAAAGUUGGCUAACACAUGCCCAAUGCUACGAUGUGGAUGAGUGUCUGGCCAUUUCGGGUCUCUGCCAGCAGAAGUGCGUCAACUUCUGGGGCGGAUAUCGUUGCACCUGCAAUCAGGGAUACGAGCUGAGCCAGGAUAAUCGCACUUGCAACGACAUCGAUGAGUGCGAAGUGCACAAGAACUACAAGCUUUGCAUGGGCUUUUGUGUGAAUACAGCUGGUUCUUAUCAAUGCUCGUGUCCGCGUGGCUACACUUUGGAGGCUGACAAAACAACUUGUCGGGAUGUUGAUGAGUGUGAUCCACAUUCGGAGAAUCAUGUGUGCACCGGAAGGAACGACAUUUGCACCAAUGUGCGUGGCAGCUACAAAUGCACCACUAUCAACUGUCCUCCUGGCUACACAAAUGAUGCAGAUCAAAAAAAUCGCUGUCGCUUUAGCAGUUUUUGUGAGGGAGAAGAGUGCUACACUAAACCCUCAGCUUAUACCUACAAUUUCAUCACAUUUGUUUCAAAAUUAAUGCUGCCUCCCGAUGGUCGAACAAUCUUUACGCUUAGAGGACCUCAUUGGUAUGAUAGCACAGACUUUACUCUGAAAAUAGUGAGAAUUCAAGCAGCUGCCAAUGUUGAGAAAGCAACAGAGAGUUACUUUGACACCUUCCAACAAAACAAUCAAGUGGAUCUUAUAUUAAGAAAGGCGCCCGAAGGACCACAGGAUGUGGAAUUAGAGCUGACAAUGACUGUGUUCACAGAUGGCAGACCCCGAGGCAAAAGUGUUGCCAAAAUAUUCUUAUUUGUUUCGCAAUAUCCAUUCUAA